AUGGUGUUUGUAAGGAGUAUUAAGAUCGACUGCAACACGUGUGUAUGUGACACAAAUAACAAAGCAAUUUGUUCAAAUUUACGUUGUGGUUAUGGGAAGGGGCCUUCAUGUACAUAUCAAGGCAGACGUUACAGAGUAGGACAGACAUUCCAGCAGUCUUGUAAUACAUGUAAAUGCAACUAUGAUGGCCAGAUAAAAUGUGACAACAAAGACUGUCCUAAACGAUGUACUUAUAAAGAAAAGCAGUACCAAGAAGGUGAAGAAUUCACUGACAACUGUGAUAAAUGUAAAUGUCUUUCUUCUGGAUAUGUUCAGUGUACCACUAAAGUGUGUGGGUGCCAAUACAAUGGUAAAUACUACAAUAUUGGAGAGAGUUUUAACGAUGGCUGUAAGACUUGCACUUGUCAAACUACAGGAAUAGUGCAGUGUAACAGUGAUAGAUGUGGAUGUCCUUAUAAAAAUGUACAAUAUCAAAUCGGCCAAACCUUUACUGAUGAUUGCAAUACUUGCGAAUGUUUGAACAAUGGUCAGGUUAAAUGUACUAGCAAAAUUUGUAAGUGUUACUUCAGAGGAAGAGUAUUAAGUGUGGGCCAGAAAUUUGAAGGGGAUUGUAACAUUUGCUAUUGUAGAGACAACGGUCAGUUAGAAUGUACAAAGAAAAUUUGUCAAUGUACUUAUCAAGGACAGACAUACCGAGUUGGACAAACAUUCAGUAAUGAUUGUAACCAAUGUGAAUGUUUAAGAAGCGGUAUUGUGCAGUGCUCUAACAAACCAUGUAAGUGUAUAUACAAUGGAAACACCUACGAAAUAGGGACUACAUUUAAAAAGGACUGUAAUACGUGCACAUGCAAAGCCGAUGGGACAGUAGACUGCACAACCGAUGUUUGUGAAUGUAAGUACAACAACCAGAUAUAUAAAGUAGGAGAAACAUUUAAACAGGGCUGUAAUACGUGCACAUGCAAAGCCGAUGGGACUGUAGACUGCACAACAAACCCAUGUACCUGUACUUAUAAAUAUAAUGUUUAUGAUUUCGGAGCAGAGUUCAAGGAUGAUUGUAAUACUUGCAAAUGUAAAAAUAACGGAGAAGUUGAUUGUACAAACAGACCCUGCCACUGUACUUAUAAAGGACAAACUUAUGGAAUUGGUAAUAGAUUUUCGGACGAUUGCAAUCAAUGCGAAUGUUUAGCAACUGGAUAUGUCCGAUGUUCAACCUAUCUUUGUCAAUGUAAGUACAACAACCAGAUAUAUAAAGUAGGAGAAACAUUUAAACAGGGCUGUAAUACGUGCACAUGCAAAGCCGAUAGGACUGUAAACUGCACAACAAACCCAUGUACCUGUACUUAUAAAUAUAAUGUUUAUGAUUUCGGAGCAGAGUUCAAGGAUGAUUGUAAUACUUGCAAAUGUAAAAAUAACGGACAAGUUGAUUGUACAAACAGACCCUGCCACUGUACUUAUAAAGGACAAACUUAUGGAAUUGGUAAUAGAUUUUCGGACGAUUGCAAUCAAUGCGAAUGUUUAGCAACUGGAUAUGUCCGAUGUUCAACCUAUCUUUGUCAAUGUAAGUACAACAACCAGAUAUAUAAAGUAGGAGAAACAUUUAAACAGGGCUGUAAUACGUGCACAUGCAAAGCCGAUAGGACUGUAGACUGCACAACAAACCCAUGUACCUGUACUUAUAAAUAUAAUGUUUAUGAUUUCGGAGCAGAGUUCAAGGAUGAUUGUAAUACUUGCAAAUGUAAAAAUAACGGACAAGUUGAUUGUACAAACAAACCCUGCCGCUGUACUUAUAAUGGACAAACUUAUGAACUUGGUACUAAAUUUUCGAUGGGUUGCAAUCAAUGCGAAUGUUUAGCAACUGGAUAUGUCAUAUGUUUAGCCGAUGUUUGUGAAUGUAAGUACAACAACCAGAUAUAUAAAGUAGGAGAAACAUUUAAACAGGGCUGUAAUACGUGCACAUGCAAAGCCGAUGGGACUGUAGACUGCACAACAAACCCAUGUACCUGUACUUAUAAAUAUAAUGUUUAUAAUUUCGGAGCAGAGUUCAAGGAUGAUUGUAAUACUUGCAAAUGUAAAAAUAACGGACAAGUUGAUUGUACAAACAGACCCUGCCGCUGUACUUAUAAAGGACAAACUUAUGGAAUUGGUAAUAGAUUUUCGGACGAUUGCAAUCAAUGCGAAUGUUUAGCAACUGGAUAUGUCCGAUGUUCAACCUAUCUUUGUCAAUGUAAGUACAACAACCAGAUAUAUAAAGUAGGAGAAACAUUUAGAAAGGACUGUAAUACGUGCACAUGCAAAACCGAUGGGACAGUAGACUGCACAACAAACCCAUGUACCUGUACUUAUAAAUAUAAUGUUUAUGAUUUCGGAGCAGAGUUCAAGGAUGAUUGUAAUACUUGCAAAUGUAAAAAUAACGGACAAGUUGAUUGUACAAACAAACCCUGCCGCUGUACUUAUAAUGGACAAACUUAUGAAAUUGGUACUAAAUUUUCGAUGGGUUGCACUCAAUGCGAAUGUUUAGCUACUGGAUCUGUCAUAUGUUUAGCCGAUGUUUGUGAAUGUAAGUACAACAACCAGAUAUAUAAAGUAGGAGAAACAUUUAAACAGGGCUGUAAUACGUGCACAUGCAAAGCCGAUGGGACUGUAGACUGCACAACAAACCCAUGUACCUGUACUUAUAAAUAUAAUGUUUAUGAUUUCGGAGCAGAGUUCAAGGAUGAUUGUAAUACUUGCAAAUGUAAAAAUAACGGACAAGUUGAUUGUACAAACAGACCCUGCCGCUGUACUUAUAAAGGACAAACGUAUGGAAUUGGUAAUAGAUUUUCGGACGAUUGCAAUCAAUGCGAAUGUUUAGCAACUGGAUAUGUCCGAUGUUCAACCUAUCUUUGUCAAUGUAAGUACAACAACCAGAUAUAUAAAGUAGGUGAAACAUUUAAACAGGGCUGUAAUACGUGCACAUGCAAAGCCGAUAGGACUGUAGACUGCACAACAAACCCAUGUACCUGUACUUAUAAAUAUAAUGUUUAUGAUUUCGGAGCAGAGUUCAAGGAUGAUUGUAAUACUUGCAAAUGUAAAAAUAACGGACAAGUUGAUUGUACAAACAGACCCUGCCGCUGUACUUAUAAAGGACAAACUUAUGGAAUUGGUAAUAGAUUUUCGGACGAUUGCAAUCAAUGCGAAUGUUUAGCAACUGGAUAUGUCCGAUGUUCAACCUAUCUUUGUCAAUGUAAGUACAAAAACCAGAUAUAUAAAGUAGGAGAAACAUUUAAACAGGGCUGUAAUACGUGCACAUGCAAAGCCGAUAGGACUGUAGACUGCACAACAAACCCAUGUACCUGUACUUAUAAAUAUAAUGUUUAUGAUUUCGGAGCAGAGUUCAAGGAUGAUUGUAAUACUUGCAAAUGUAAAAAUAACGGACAAGUUGAUUGUACAAACAAACCCUGCCGCUGUACUCAUAAAGGACAAACUUAUGGAAUUGGUAAUAGAUUUUCGGAUGGUUGCAAUCAAUGCGAAUGUUUAGCAACUGGAUAUGUCCGAUGUUCAACCUAUGUUUGUGAAUGUAAGUACAACAACCAGAUAUAUAAAGUAGGUCAGACAUUUAGAAAGGACUGUAAUACGUGCACAUGCAAAACCGAUGGGACAGUAGACUGCACAACAAACCCAUGUACCUGUACUUAUAAAAAUAAGGUUUAUAAUUUCGGAAAUCAAUUCAAAGAUGGCUGCAAUACUUGUACUUGUCAAUAUAAUGGUGAGGUUAGCUGCACUGAAUUACCUUGUCCCUGUAAUUACAACGGUAAAAUUUAUGAAAUUAGUUCUGUAUGGUAUAAUGAUUGCAACAAAUGUCAGUGCAACUCCGAUGGGAAAGUCGAUUGUGAGCAAAAACCAUGCAGUAAGUCCUGUAUACAUAAAGGAAAAACUUAUUCUGUCGGUGAAACAUUUAAAGAUGCCUGCAAUACUUGUAGAUGUGGACAGUUUGGUCAAAUAAGCUGUACUAAAAUGUACUGCCCCCCGACAAAAUGCCAGUAUUAUGGAAAAUCUUACAAAGAUGGAGAAAUGUUCAUGAGUCAAGAUAAGUGCAAUGUUUGUCGAUGUUCGAUUGGGAAGGUCAAGUGUACCAAGUAUGACUGCUAUCGUCUGAAACAACAGUACGGAUGAAGAACUAUUAAUUUAUUUUGAUAAUUUCAAUAAUUGUGAUACCUGAAAUAUAAUUUUUUAAAAUAAAACAUAUAUCUACCACAA